CCAGGAUACAAUGACGAUUGAGUUCUGAUUUAUUUAAAGACGUCCAGCGACACUCCCCUUCUCCUCCAGUGUCCACCCCAGUUUUCUUUUCCACUCUCCACGAAAUAAGCUUCUGUCAGACACCGCUAGCCUGAGGCAUUGCCUUGACGAUCUAGUCUAGAAAGUCCACUCUACCCCAGUUCUGCUCCACCACCAUGCCUGUCGUCUCCAGACUCGUGUCGAUUAUUCUCCGCAUCGCCGAGAUUGCCUUUGCUGCGGUCGUUGCCGGUAUCUUCGGCUGGUUCCUCCACGAAUUCGACGACGUCGACGUGUGGCCCAAGCCUCGCUGGAUCUAUACCGAAGUCAUAGCCGGUAUAUCCAUACUGUUCGGCCUAAUAUGGCUGAUCCCGUUCUCGUCGGGAUUCUUCACCUGGCCGCUUGACCUGCUUAUCUCGUUUGCCUGGUUUGCCGCAUUCGGAAUCCAAGUCCAUGCCAACAACAGGCUCAACUGCGGUAGCAUCUGGGCCUGGGGCCGUAUCACGGAUGACUCGUACUGUGGCCGCUGGAAGGCUGGUCAGGCAUUCAGCUUCCUUUCCGCUAUCGUCUGGAUUGUCUCUGCGCUUGUGGGUAUCUGGUUUACCUUCCGUGUCAGGAGACACGCGACCGACCGAUAUGGGCGCGGCUACCGUGUUUAAACAGUUUAAUGCUGUAUGACAGGCUUCAGGCUCCCGACUCCGUAUGCUGUGCCCGUUCCACGAAGUACAUGCUUGAGGCGAUUUUAAUGGAGGUUACGACUCGUUAUCUUUACGAAGCUCAUUUGUCUAUUGAUAUAAUACCCUUUACGUUGAAAUCAACUUAAUUCAAGCUUUAUCUAAUCCAAAUCUAAUAUUUCAUUUGGUUCCAAU